GAUCACACAUUGAUAUCUUUUACAUGGAGGUAGCAUUGCCAGAGCCUGGUAACUUAACUCUCAAUUUUGGUUCAUCAGAAUUUUAGUUUUGCUCAUCAUUUGUAUUAUAACUUGAAAACAGUUAAAUCUGGGGUAAAUAUUGCAAUAAUUUACUGCCAAGUGUUGGCGUUAAUCAUACCUGAUAUUGGAGGAUAUUACAAGGAUCAAGAUGGGAACAAUUCUACUCUUUAUGGCAUUAGCUCAUCAAAUGGUGUUGUGUUCAUUGGCAGCUGGUGAAGAGAUCAGGCUGAUCAAUGGCACUAGUCGCUGCUCGGGGACAGUAGAGAUUCUUUACAAGGGCCAGUGGGGACGAGUGUGUGGCCAGAUGUGGGACGUAAACGAUGCCAAUGUGGUGUGUGGCCAGCUGGGCUGUGGGAGAGCUGUGAGUGUCCAAGGUAGUGCCCACGUAGGUCAGGGCAGUGGUGGCAGGCCCACUUGGCUGGAUGAUGUUGGGUGUAAAGGCACUGAGAGCUCCCUCACAGAAUGCUCACAUGGAGGAUUGAAACACCAUGACUGUUUACAGGCUCAAGAUGCCAGAGUUGUCUGCUCAGUUAAACCUAAUAUCAGACUGGUCAAUGGGAGUGACCUCUGCUCUGGGAGGGUGGAGGUCUAUCAAACUGGUCACUGGCGAACCGUGUGCGACGACGUGUGGGACUUGAAUGAUGCUGCUGUGGUUUGCAGACAGCUUGCCUGUGGGAGAGCUGAUAGUGCCCCAGAGAGUGCCUACUUUGGUCAGGGCAGUGGGCCCAUCUGGCAGGAUGAUGUUGGCUGCUCUGGCACGGAGUGCUCCAUCACACAGUGCUCACACACAAGAGGAGGAACACAUAACUGUGAGCAUGGUAACGACGCAGGUGUUAUUUGUUCAGGUGUUGUCUUGCAGAAGCCUUCACUCUCCACAGACCCGUCCUAUUCUGCCUUCUUGCAUGGAGAGGAGGUCCAACUCACCUGCACUCUUCCAUCCCGUAUCCUCUGUAAUGCUGUGGAAUUCAUCUUCUAUCUGAAUGGAGACUCGGUUAUGAAUGUGACCGUUGGCUCCUCACAGCCCAGGGCUACUUUAGCAAAGUUUAAGAUGGACGAUUCACACCAGGGCAGUUACAGCUGUCUCUACAGAACCCUCUCCAACAGUCAAGACAUCAGCUCCCCUUACAGCAACGUUACUAAAGUGGUCCUGAUACAGCCCAACAUCUCUCUCAGUGCUCCAAAUGGAGGGAUGUUCUGGGACCUUCAGGGGCCAGAGGUGAUCAGGGGCCACAGCUUCUCCAUCAUCUGCUCCAUUCAUCCACAGUAUCCUGGAGGCCUCUUCUAUCUGGACUUCUCUGGGUCCAACAGAACUGAGACUACGCCAGCAGUCAACCACUCUGCCUGCUUCCACUUCCCUGUUGCAGAGUAUAAAGACCAGGGGAAAUACAGCUGCAGCUAUGGAGUCAACAUCUCCACCCGGUCAUUCAGGUCGGCUAAUAGUGAACUAGCUGUCACCAUUAGAGCAUCUAUGGUCCUCAUCAUUGCCUCUGGAGGGACUGCUGGACUAGCACUCCUGUUUCUGCUUCUGCUUGUCAUCUGUCUAGUCAGCAGGAGUACAAGGAGGAGCAGCAAGCCAUCUACAGAGACUGACCAGAGAGAAUGUAUUGACAACAGACACAACAGAGGCGAGGACAACAAAGUAGAAGAAGAGGAGGAGGUCUACGUGAAUGUUGAAAACGUCUGUGACAAGAGAAGUCUGGAGAGAGGGAAGGGUGGAAAGAAGAAAGGGAAGGAAAAAGGGCACAGCUAUGGGAAAACGGAGGAUGCCUGUUUCAAUGAGGAGGAGGGUGAAAGGGAGGGAAACGUUCGAGGGAAGCGCGUUUGUGGUGGGUCUCAUGAGAAAGUGAAUAGUGCAGAGGACGAUGAAGAUUAUGCUACUGUCUAUGACAAUGUUGUAGCGCACGACGUGAACGAAGACAUUUAUCAAAACUAUUAGGAGAAGUAACAGUGGACUGUAUGUCACUAAAGUAACUCAUUGGCGUCAACACAUUGAUCUGUAAAUUAAGUUAAGUAAUAAUAACUCAGAUGCAAUAGUAUAGCGACUACGGUUGCUAUAGUUGACACUUAAACUAGACAUAUGACAUAAUGGUAUUGCUCUAUUUUAUUUAGCUUUUUGUAACCAAUCGAAAUGUUCAGCCUAUUUGAACCAUUGGGUCGAAUUCCGAACUGUCAUUUUUUGUAUGCGUUGGUGGGGUGUCACUUUCUGUGUCUUUGAUCAGUUCCAGUGUUGUUGAGGAACUAGCAUUAUGUAUAAACUGUUGGGUGAUUGCACUAAAAAGACAAGGAUUCUCAUCGCAUGCUUUUGAGUUGAACUGUUAUGUCUCCACUUCUUCUUUGAUGAGGAGUAGAAGGUGUUCAACCAAGUGAGAAAAGGUCCAACCAUAGAAAUAAUAUGAGAACUGGUAAGUAAAAGGUGUGACUCUCGACUCACUAUUUUGGGCCUUUGCCUUCCUAAUCCACUUCCGUAGGUCAGGACCAUCAAGCUCUCGCUUUUGAUUCUCCCUGGUUUAUCUAUCAAUCAUACAGGGCACGUGGGCUUUACUGAGAACAGAACUGUCUACCCUAGAUGCGACAGCACAAAUGAGGGAGUGACAGAGGAGCUGUGCACAGGAAAAUGCGUCCUCGUAUAGAGUCAAAUCUUACAUUCACCAGACCGUCUGCGACAGAGACUGGUCAUCACACGUUUUACCAGAAAGCUUCUACCAGAGAAAAUACCUUCCAUUAUUUCUGACAUGAAGACCAAUAUAUUGAGAAGUCUCCCUUAUCUGACAAUGGCAUCCAUAGUCCCCAUUAUUGCCUCUGGCUCAAUAGGUGGGCUACUGCUCCUGCUGCUGCUGCGCAUUCCUUGUCUAGUCUGGAGGAAGAUAAGCAACAGAGGGCAGAUUAUUAUGAUAAACCCAAGCGAAAUGGGUGCAGCGAGUGAGGAAAAUGACGAAGAGGACUAUGUCAACAAGAGCAAAGAUGAAGACUUGAAAAAAGGAUGCCAUGCAGGAAUGAAUGCUCCAGGAGCCAUGAACAAGUGUGGAAACAACCAAGGUGAAGGACCAGAGGCAGGUGAGGAAGUCUAUGGAAAUCCAGAUACCUUCACAUGGAUGGAUGAUGCUGAAGACAAUGACUCUUUAGACCUGGAGCAGCUCGCUUCAUGUGAAGUUGGAGGGGAGAACGACUAUGAAGAAGAUGACAACAUAUAUGCAAACUAUGAGUGAAGGCCUUGUAAUAGGCAUGUUGAUGCAUUAGAUAUUGAUAACAGGAGAGGCUUGAAAGGUUAGCUUUGUGAGUUGAAUUAUAAGCACUUAAAAAAACAACUUUUUCAUCAAAAUGUUUCUGUUAGUAGAUAAGAGUAAAGGCUUUGUUCGAAUUUGAAUUUCAAUGUACAUUUUUUGUGUGUGUGAUUUCUAGUUGUAUUCUUGCCGGGUAAUUAUAUGAGUUUUCUGACAUAACUAACACAUCUAUUUAUCUUUUUUUGUUAUAUCUUUUUUAUUACAUAUGAUUUACUUGAGAUUCUAAAGAGUGAUUUUCUUGAUGCAUUGGCUGAACUCAUUGAACAUAAUGCUCGUUUUUAAAAUGUUCCACAUUAAAAAGAAAUAUUAAUGCUUUAGACUAAUUCUUCUAUAAUAUUCAGUGUGCUGUCAAAUAAUAUUCCAGGUAGAACUCUUUUGGGUUCCUUGUAAAAUCAUCUGUGUAAAGGGUUCUACAUGGAACUCAAAAGGGUUCUACCUGGAACCAAAAAGGGUUCUUCAAAGGGUUCUCCUAUGGGGGGGUUUUCUGGCAAAAUGCAAAUACAUUUGUACUGUAUGGAUAAAAUCUAUCAAUAA